GGUUGACUUCCAGAUGUUUCACUCUUGGACAGCAAACUGAUUUCAAACCACUCCUUUUCAAAGAUCUAUAAGGGAGACAUUGCACCUGGGUACUGCAGCCCAGAGCAGGUCCGGCCACGGCCAUGAGCGUGCUGAGUCAUCAUGCCCACCGUAGACGACAUUCUGGAGCAGGUUGGGGGGUUUGGCUGGUUCCAGAAGCAAGCCUUCCUCACCCUAUGCCUAAUCUCAUUUGCCUUCGCACCCAUCUGCGUGGGCAUCGUCUUCCUGGGCUUCGUCCCUGACCACCACUGCCAGAGCCCCGGGGUGGCUGAGCUGAGCCUGCGCUGCGGCUGGAGCCCUGCAGAGGAGCUGAACUACACGGUGCCCGGCCUGGGGCCCGCGGGCGAGGCCUUUCUUCGCCACUGCAGGCGCUAUGAAGUGGACUGGAACCAGAGCACCCUCAGCUGCGUGGACCCCCUGUCUAGCCUGGCUGCCAACAGGAGCCACCUGCCCCUGGGCCCCUGCCAGGACGGCUGGGUAUACGACACGUCUGGCUCCUCCAUCGUCACCGAGUUCAACCUCGUGUGUGGUGACGACUGGAAGGUGGACCUCUUUCAAUCCUGUUUGAACGCGGGCUUCUUCUUCGGCUCUCUGGGCUUUGGUUACAUUGCAGACAGGUUUGGCCGCAAGCUGUGCCUCCUGGCCACCGUGCUAGUCAAUGCGGUGUCGGGUGUGCUCAUGGCCUUCACACCCAACUACAUGUCCAUGCUGCUCUUCCGCCUGCUGCAGGGCCUGGUCAGCAAGGGCGCCUGGAUGUCCGGCUACACCCUGAUCACAGAGUUCGUUGGCUCGGGCUCCAGAAGAACUGUGGCGAUCAUGUACCAGAUGGCUUUCACGAUGGGGCUGGUGGCGCUGACCGGGCUGGCCUACGCCCUGCCUCACUGGCGCUGGCUGCAGCUGGCCAUCUCCCUGCCCACCUUCCUCUUCCUGCUCUACUACUGGUGUGUGCCGGAGUCCCCCUGGUGGCUGUUAUCACAAAGGAGAAACACUCAAGCAAUAAAGAUAAUGGACCACAUCGCUCAAAAGAAUGGGAAGUUGCCUCCUGCUGAUUUAAAGAUGCUCUCCCUGGAAGAGGAUGUCACCGAAAAGCUGAGCCCUUCGUUCGCAGACCUGUUCCGCUCCCCGCGCCUGAGGAAGCGCACCUUCAUCCUGAUGUACCUGUGGUUCACCGGCUCUGUGCUCUAUCAGGGCCUCAUCCUGCACGUGGGUGCCACCAGCGAGAAUCUCUACCUGGAUUUCCUUUACUCCACUCUGGUCGAAUUCCCAGGGGCCUUCAUCACCCUCGUCACCAUUGACCGCGUGGGCCGUAUCUACCCCUUAGCCGUGUCAACUCUGUUGGCAGGGACAGCCUGCCUCGUCAAGAUUUUUAUCUCACCUGAUCUGCACUGGUUAAACAUCACGAUCAUGUGUGUUGGCCGAAUGGGAAUCACCAUUGCAAUCCAAAUGAUCUGCCUGGUGAAUGCUGAGCUGUACCCCACAUUCAUCAGGAACCUUGCAGUGAUGGUGUGUUCCUCUGUGUGUGACAUAGGUGGGAUACUCGUCCCCUUCAUAGUCUUCAGACUGACAGCAGUUUGGCAAGCCUUGCCCCUCGUUUUAUUUGUGGUGCUGGGCCUGCUUGCUGCAGGGAUGACGCUACUUCUUCCGGAGACCAAGGGGGUCGCUUUGCCAGAGACCAUGAAGGACGCCGAAAACCUUGGGAGAAAAACAAAGCCCAAAGAAAAUACGAUUUACCUUGAGGUCCAAACAUCAGAACCCUCGGGCACCUGAGAGAGAUGCUUUGUGGCAGAUGGAGCGUCGGAGGGAUGAAGAUGGAGUUAUCCUCUGCGGAAAUUCCUGGAUGCCUUCACUUCUCUAUAUUCUUUCACAUACUUGCCUACCUCCAAAUUAAUAUCAGUCCUAAAGAA